AUGAAGACCGCCUGCACCUCCUAUCGAUGCCUCACCAAAGAGCUGGAGAGCUGCGCCAUGAACCCGGAGCUGAGCAUGGAGACGCUGGGGCCCCUCCACGGCCCCCCCAGCCAUGAGCCCGAGCUGCUGGGCAGCCCCAGCCCGCACCACCACCCGCCCGGCCGCGGGCCCCCCGUCAGCGCCGCCUCCUCGGCCGCCGCCGGAGCCCUCCGCGUCCACCCCCAGCCGCCGCCGCCGCCGCCGCCUCCGGGCCUGCACCACGCCAUGAGCAUGCCCUGCGACUCCUCGCCGCCCGGGAUGGGCAUGACCAGCACCUACACCACGCUGACCCCGCUCCAGCCCCUGCCGCCCAUCUCCACCGUCUCGGACAAGUUCCACCACCCGCACGCCCACCACCACCCGCACCACCCGCACGCCCACCACCACCACCCGCACGCCCACCCGCACGCCCACCACCCGCACCACCAGCGCCUCUCCGGCAACGUCAGCGGCACCUUCACCCUCAUGCGCGACGAGCGCGGGCUGCCGGCCAUGAACAACCUCUACGGGCCCUACAAGGAGAUGCCGCCCAUGGGCCAGAGCCUCUCGCCGCUCGGCAACGGCCUGCCGCCCCUCCACAACAGCCAGCAGGGCCUCCACGGCUACGGCCCCGCCGCCGCCGCCGCCCACGACAAGAUGCUCGGCCCCAACUUCGACGCCCACGCCGCCAUGCUGGCCCGCGGCGAGCAGCACCUCCCGCGCGGCCUGGCCACCCCGCCGGCGCCCAUGCUCUCCCACCUCAACGGCAUGCACCACCCGGGACACCCGCAGGCCCACGGGCCCGUCCUGGCCGCCGGCCGGGACCGACCGCCCUCCUCCUCCGCCGAGCUGAAGCGCUACAGCAUCCCGCAGGCCAUCUUCGCCCAGCGGGUCCUGUGCCGCUCUCAGGGGACCCUCUCCGACCUCCUACGGAACCCUAAACCCUGGAGUAAGCUCAAGUCCGGCAGGGAGACCUUCCGCAGGAUGUGGAAAUGGCUGCAGGAGCCCGAGUUCCAGAGGAUGUCGGCCUUAAGGCUCGCCG